UUGUUUCAAGAUGAAGAUUGAUACCAGCCUAACUAUGCCCCAGCUUCCAGAGGCCCUGUCCCAGGCAGGCCUUCAGUUUUCUGUGGCCACUGAGGAGGACUUUGAUGACAUCAUGGCUAUGAGUCAGGACAUCUAUGGAGGCCUUGACUACCUGCCCACUAGAUACACCAGCUGGCUGCAGGAGACUAACCGCACAGUCAUAUUGGCCCGCAAACAGGGAAAAGUGAUUGCCCUGGAGUCGGUGUGUGUGAUUGAUGAUGGGGAGACCAUGCUCGUGGAAGGUCUUCGUGUCGCCCCUCAGGAAAGGGGCAAGGGUGUGGCAGGAGUUUUGCUGCGCUUUUGCUCUGAGCUGGUCAAAUCCAAGCAUCCAGAGGUCAAAGUAACCCGCUUGACCCGUGAUGAUCAGCUUGGACCCAAGGAUUUCCAGAAGUAUCGCAUAAUAACCAAGCAGGGUAUUCUGCUGGUGCGCUUCAGAGCUGAAGACCUCAAGCUUCGUCUGUCUGAACUUGGUCUGGGUGGAGACAUCCAAUCCUCUUUGUCUACCUCCUCCUCCAACCCUCCUCCGGUGCGUCUUGACCAUACAGCCAUCCACCGACUGUAUCUGACCACUGACCUGAUGCAAGGAGUCCUUCCUAAUGCCACCAUCAUUCAAGACUGGCAGCCAUUCAAGCCUUUGCCCAGCAACAUGGCCAUCCUAUUGAAGAAGGACAUUGACUGGAUGGUGGAUGAUGUGUUCAACCCGACUGUGGCCAGCCUCUGUACCUUCCCUUUCAGGGUUCCCAUUGGAGACGACUGGUAUUAUCUGAACAUUGACAUGUUCGGUAAAGACCUGGACCUGGCUCGGCAGCAGUUCUUGUGCCACCUGCAGCGCCACACUGCCACCCUGAAGGGUCACGUGAUGUGCCAGAUGUUCCUGGACCCACCACUCUGGAAGCCCAUGGCAGAAUUCUGCCACAACAACUUGAGCCUGGAGCUGGUGAAGGAGUACACCGAGCAAUGCGUGGUGGAGUCAGAUGUCAUCUAGUUACAGAAGGUGGAUGGAAAGGGUUAGAAGAUGAAGGAGCCAGAAUGGAUAGAAGACAAUGGUCUAAACAACAAGGAAUGGACACAACUCAUUUACACUUAGCAGAAAAACACAACCCUCUGUAUUGAGGAGAUAGAAAUCAAGCAAACAAAAUGUAGUUUCUACAAAACAAAACAACUUAUAAGAAUGCAGUAAGUUAGAUUCAACAAUACACAAACAAAUAUAGGGCGUGGAUAUAAAAUCAUGAAUACAUCAUGUAAUCAGCUGCAAUAGGUGAUGAAUAGUAAAUUUUUAAAGUUUUGAAUAUUCAAUUGGUGUCAACUUGACUGUCAUUUUAAGUACCAUUUCUAAUGCUGACAUUUUGAGAAAUAAUAUUAAUAUUAAUUGCCCCCAAUAUACAUAAAUCCAGAAAUUUUGGACCUGAUCCAUAGCGGACAAAACAUAACCAAACCCAAAUUUAACACAAAUUAAAUUUAAAAAGAGACCCAAUCCAAAAUGGGUUCAAUGGGGAGUCAGCACAUUCAAGAUGGUACACAAAUUCCAAAAGAUGGUGCAAAUUUGUGGGUCAGAAUUUGACCUCUGUCUGAAAGCCAUAGCAAGUGAAUCCAGAGUCCUGCAAAUUUUAGCCGGAAACUCUAAUAAAUAAUAAACACAACAAACUAUAUCCUCAAAAGAGACAAUAGAGAUGAAUUAUCACCUUAUUAGCUUAGCUUGAAUUUAAGUUUCAUCACAAUGAUUACAAGUGUUUGUGAUUGAUUAUGUCCACCUUCUGUAUUUUGUAUGACAUGGAAGGGUGUAAUAGGAGUGAUGAACUUGGGGGGAGCUUUCUCACACCGGUAGCAGUUAUGUAACCUAAAACCUAAAAACAACAUGCAAAUGCUAUUCUUUGAAGAAAAGAUUUAAGUACCCUUAGGACAUCUCAAACCUUUCAUCUCUGUUCUUUCUGUAAAUAUGAACCUUCUAAAUAUGUACACAAGCUGAGUUGGGUUACUAAAUCUGCACAACUCUGAAGGCACUUUAUUAAAACUACACAGACAGGUUGUGUCUACGUUAGAAUGAAAAGGAAUAGUUCAGGAUCAAAUAGGGGUAAUUUACAGAUCCCAUCACUCUAAUGUUGAUGGGUGCUUCUAUUAACUAGUACUACCUUAGGAACAUCAACAACAAAUCUCUGCAGAAACAACAAGCAAAGCCUGCUAGUGAAAUGAACAUGCUCAGUCACAAAAUGGCUGACAAUUUAUCCUUCAUUAUGGUCAAGCUUAUGUCUUAGCUUUUGUCUUUUUUGUUUCAAAUCUUUGACUGUAUAUAUAUGUUACUAAUUUAAUAUUUUCACUUAAAUGCUGCAAUAAAAUUUUAACAGAAAUGAUUAACUUCUGAAGCUGUAAGUGAAACCUAUGCUUACUUUUGUAGAUCACUAGCAUAAUGCCAAACAAAAUGCUAAUGCUUGUUAAAAUGACUACUGUGCAGUUUACUACUGGCUUCAGCUAACGCAGGGAGAAAGAGUAAAAUGAAAGUAACUUUGUUAGAAUUAACAGAGGUACAAGUUUUAACCAUCACUAAUAUUAGCGGACAAAAACCUUUUAAAUAGUGUUCCCGGUCACAAAACAAGACCAGUGUUCAGUUCAGUCAUGUUUAAUGCACUAAUCUCUAGUGUAUUGUCUAGACAUGUAUACAAUAUUGUGGGUUAUAUCAUGGCCAAGGACAGUACCUACUGGAUUCUGCAUGACUGACACUUGUCCAUUAAAAUCAGGACACCUCAAACAUUGUUCCUUCGGUUCAGUUUGUUACCUAUGCACUCUGAGGUCCAUGAAUGGCAAUGUCAGCUGGCAUGUUUGUCCACCAUGAGCUCAGACUGAUGAAACUAUUUGAUAAUAUGAUAACAAACUAUUUAUUGGAUUUUCAUGGAAUUUAGUACAGACAUGGUCACCACAGGAUUCAUGUGCCACCAGUAGGCCUAGCUUAAGUUUUUACUUAUCUAGUGGAAUUGGAUUGGAAUUACACUUCUAUGGCAUGGAUUGGCCCACAAUUUAGUCCAUAAAUUUGACACAUAUUCAUGUUCCCCUCAGGAUUAAUUGUAAAACUUUUGAUGGUCAACAUUUAAGUUUGUCUCACACUUUGUUAUAUGACCAAAUACCUGCAAAACUAUUGACAUUCCUAUCAGCCUUAGCUGUAAUUUCUGCUUACUGCUAAUUAGCAAAUGUUAGCAUGCUAACAUAUUAAACCAAGAUGGCAAACAGAAUAAAGAUUAUACUUUUUUGUGAGUAUGUUAGCAUGCUGAUUCAGCUCAACGCAUUGCUGUGCCUAGCUUUACAAAGCAGCUAGCAUUGCUGCAGAUGUGUUCAUUUGGUAAGUGGCCAUGGUAUAAGCACAAUACCAAACACUGAUGUGUAGCCAUAUACAAAAUAAUGAACUUGGUGGAGGAAAUGAUACUCUACUUCACAUUCACUGGCCUCCACCUACCUGUCCAUUCUUUUCUGGGACACCUACAUUAUCAUCAACAUAUGUGAUUUCUGCUAGAGGCAGGCCCAAAAUGUAACAUUUCUGUCAUGGUUAACUGCCCCUUUCGCAUCCAUAGCACAGCCCACACACUCCCUAAAUCUCCCUUUAAAUGCCCAUAUACAGGGUGUGACGCAGGACAAUUUGUCUGAGCCAGACAGGAAUAUCUUUUUGGAAAAAACACAUAAAUAGAACUGUUUUACCUCCCCGUUGCCUUGACCAGCUUUUAUCUUGACUUUGACCACCUUCUUCUUCUGGUAUGCAAUUUUCUAGGUGUGAGGAUGACUGGGCCUUUGCUGAAGAAAUAUAAAUGAUGAGUCAAAUCUUUAAAAAGUUUUACAAAAAGGAAAUAAAUGAUUAAACAGACAGUUUUUAAAAUUAUUAAUAUUUUUGGAAAGACCUAUUAGAGUUGCCAUAAUCCUCAACAUAUUGCAGGGAGUAUAACAAAAUAAAAAGACAACUAUCUUUUUACCCUAUUGUUUGUAACCAAAGAAAGUCACCACUCAUCUAAACUGAUGCCCUAUUAUUUGCUGCCACGAGUGAAGAUAUGGAAGGUUGGAAGGCCAUGGGAGUAUUUAUUUUUAUGUUUCCUCAUGAUCACAGAAUAUUUUUUGUGAUCUAUUUAUAAAGAUCUUUUUAUAAAAUCGUUUUAUCUUGGCACAGAAUCUUUUUUGUGAUAACAUAACCCAAACUGUGUUCUCAUGAUUCUGAUUCUGACAUGAUAAUCAUGUAUAAUCAGCUAACAUAAGGCGGGACUGCCACAAAUGUUUAACAUUAGCACCAUUUUAUUUAAUUUAAUUUAAUAUGAGCACUUACUGUACAUGGUAUAAUAGUAUUCCUAUACUGGUGUGUGGUAAUUUGAUUGAAGUUUAAUCUUGGGCUUCACAAUAUCAGCUGAAAUAAUGAUGGUCUGAAACAACCACUUCCAGACAGGGCUUCAAGAUUAGGUAGUAAACCAGGACCCACCUUACAAUGUCAGCUGAUAGUGUGCUGAUAAUGUAGCUCAUAUUCUGGUAUUCCCAUUGUAAUUACUCAAAUGACCACAAACGUAUAGCCAUGAAUCUGAGGCUUUUAGGGAUCCAUUGGGGUCCGGGGCCCUGGGGCAGUUUACCUUAAGUCUACUAUAGCUCCAGUAAAAGUCUGUGUAAUAGCCCUAUAAUAUUUGAAAAAAAGUUUCAUAGUGUGCCUUUGGAAGUGAAUAAGUAGAUUAGUUUCAUUAAACAUUUGCUACUGUAAUAUUCCUAAUAGUAUUACUAGUGAAAAAGAUUUUACAGUGGCAGGAAACAGUUGCUUUACAAUAUAUUCCCCUUGUGUUGGCUGAUCAUAGCUCCGCAUCAUACCAUCCGCAUCAUACCAUCCGCAAUGGUAGCAGGCUAAGCAGGGUAGACCAUGCGUACUUCUUGUUAGUCACAUCCUCCAGGUAGUCCUUAGGGGGAUCCCAAGAUAUGCCCCAGUUUGUUGGGAUAUGUAUUCACGUCAGCAUGUUCUGUGUCUACCCUCCCAGUUGGACCAGCUCGGAAACCCUCUGAAGUGAGGUGUCCAGAAGGCAUCCUAAUCAGAUGCCCAAACCAUCUCAACUGGUUCCUUAUGAUGGGAAGGAGCAGUGGUUCCACUCCGAGUUUCUACCUUCUUUGACACUUGUAGGUUCCAUAAUCUCAUUAUUUUCGUCAUUACCGAUCAUUUAGGGUUGGAAAGUAGAUCAACUGGUAAAUUAAGAGCUUUGACUCGACCAUGACAGUCUGGCACAUGUCCAUUUUACAGUUGGUGCCGCACCCAUUUGUCUGUCAAUCUCACAUUCCAUCUUAUCCUCACUUGUGGCAGUUACUUUCUUUCAAACCAAAGUGAACAGAGACCAUCAUGAUAGAGGAAGGCUGGAAUGUAAUCGACCUGUAAAUCCAGUGCUUGGCUUUCAGGCUCAGGUCCCUCUUUGCCAAGACAGCUUGGUAAAGCAUGCACCUGACUGCUGGCAUGGCACCAGUCUACUUGUCGAUCCCGUGUUCCAUCUUACCCUUGUAAACAAGACCCCAAGAUACUUGAACUCAGGUUUCUUGUUGGCAGCUAAUCACUCCCAACUCAGAGUUGGCAAUCCACCAUUUUCUAGUAGAGUGCCAUGACUUCAGAUCUGGAGGUGCUUAAUUAUAGCUGAAUUACCAUACAUGAAUUUUGCCCAUUUUUGUGUAAUGAUCAUGAGAAGUCAGUUUUGUUGAUUUUGUGAUCACAUAAAAAAAGCUUGUUCAUUUUGAGAACAUGGUUUUCUUGUGCUUUCAAGAAAACAACUACCAACAAUUGUCGUAACCCAUGCCUUCUGCCUUCUGUAUGACGUUGAUGUCUAGGAAGAUAAAGAUUUUAAAAGCCUUUAUCCAGUGAUGAAGAAAUGUACAUAUGCAGCCCCUUUCCUCCACCCCCCGCCCCCACGCACAGCUGAAUAAUCUUUGUGACAUACUCUGUACAAUUAGCUGGAUAUUUUCCUCACAAUCAAAUACACCCUCUGUUACAUUUAACAUUACCGUAACCUUAUUUUUAACAUAGCAAGUAGGGAUAUCUUCAUUAACUUAUUUUUUGUUGUCGUGUCAUAAUAAUAUGUAAUACAUGUAAAUACUGUAUGUUGCGCUGGACAGUCACUGGAGCUUGUGUGAUGCCAGACUUAAUGUUAACACUUGAAUGGCCAAAAACUUAUGAUAGCCUCAUUCUUAGGAAACAAAUUUGUGGAUUUAUCUCUGACAAACCUGUCAACUCAUCAUUGAUCUCCUCACUUUUAAAAAAUAAUAAAACUUUAUAUUUUCAAUGUUCACUCAAUGCGCCCUGCUGCCACUUCACUUUGCAACUAUGCUAUGCUUCCUUCAGCUCUUCCCUUUUUUUGGGAUUUUUUGGGAUCAUUUAUUCAUGGCUUUCUUUCCCAUCUACAAAUCAACAAUUCAUUGUAAAACUGGUUAGUGCUUCAUCUAUCUGAAGCCCUCAGUAUUCUUCAAAUGAAGAAGGUUGUGCUGUGUUUAUACCUGUUACGAAUGGCAACACAUCCUCUCGAAAUCAAUCUACUGCCUCUCAGAUCUCUUUUCAAGAGUUCUGUGUCUUUUGCAUGUCUUUGUAGUCUGGUUGUGAUGAAGCACACAAAUGGGGAUAUCGUUUCACAUCAGUCACAAUCACAAUAUCAGAAGGGUGUUCUAGAAAAGUACUUUGUUUAAAGCAUACUGAGGCCUUACGGUUCAGUUUUGACCCGUAAUACUGGAGGUUUUUUGUACCAACAAACUUCUUUUUACCCAUGGAGCUGCUUGGGUCAUGGUAACUUUAAUACAUUGACCUGUUCGGUUUCAGUUAAUUUAGGCUAAUAUUUUAAGUUCCAUCAAAAACACACUUUUUGCUUUAUCAUGCCUCAUCAACUGAGUUUUAACACUCCAAAUUGUUUGGCUACCACAUGCACACAAAAGACACAAAAAAGGGACGAUUGCAUAGUUUGAAUAUUGAUGAAAUAGUUUAUUUGUGUGUAAAGAUGAAAAAUUAUUCCUCUGGUAUCAUCAGUCUAACUGUUUGGCCUCUAACGCUAUGAACUUAUAUGUACUACCAGACUGUAUUGGAUUAAGGAAGUUUUAUGAGUAAAAAAUUCUAUAAACUUGACCCAGUCAUCAUCACAUGACAUGUUUUGGAUGUUUUCAUUAUGAUGGAUCAGGAGCGUUUGGUCAUUCCAAACUAUUUGGCAUUGGAAUGCAAAUGAAUCUGUCAGAAGUUUCAUUCUGUAUUUCUUUGCCUUGAUAAUAAUCAAAAUUGUUCAUUACAUAUCCAAGUCCUUAAUGUACAUGCUUUCAGCUGGUCAGAAUUCCAUCUAACACCAGUGCCUAAGGUGAAGAAAAAACUGAGUCACUGAGUUCUGCAGAUUGAGAUCAAUCCAGCAAAUGUGGUUUGAUGAAUUUCAGUGAUAAUUUAAAAUGUGAUCAUAAAAACUUCAUUCGAUCUAAGGCUUACUAGUUUCCUACAAUAUUGUUGUGAUUGAAUUAUUUUUACUUAGCCUGAGGCACUUUGAUUGCACCAGAUUUUGACUGACCCUUUUUAAUUCCUGCCCCUUUCAGAACCUCGGCCAACUUUCUCUUUUCCUUUAUUUAGAUACCAAAUUUUGAAAAUGGUUCAAAUAUAGUGACAUAAGUGACAAAGAUUAUAUGGUCACAUCUUAAGUGAGCUAAGAUUAACUAAUGAGCGAGCUAAUCUACAUCAAUUGUUAGCUAGCUAAUAAGUUUUCAGAUAACUAGAUAGCUGACGAUAGAUGUAGACUAGCUAACUUUUUAGCUUGCGUUUUUCUAACAUUAACUAGCUAACCUGACUUGAUUCUAUACAUGUCUCUUUUAUCUUUUAACCAUCUUUCAAAAUGUGGUUGUCUUUCCGACAUAGACAAGCUUAGCACAUAGCAUAUCUAAGCACAGGGAAGAAGAAAGUUGACCAGGGUUCUAAUCGAGGCUUGCUCAACUGGAACAUAGAGCAAAAAGGGGCAAGAGUCCUUGGAUGUGCAUUUUUCAGUACCACUUUCACAUACAGGAUGCUUAUUAAUAAUGUCACUUAUAGAUUCAGUAAAAAAGCUGUUGCUUGGCGGAUAAACAUAGGCCCAAAAAAGAUCAUGGAUUAAACCUUUUGAAUACCAUUUUUGACUUUAAAAUAUUACAUUGUAAAGGGUUUGUACAUUGUAACUUUGUUAAUUAAUAAAUAAUUUAUUGAUGCUUUAUAGCUCAGUAAGAAGCACAUUUGGGUUGCUUGUGAAAACCCAUUUAGUGUACAGUAUACGAUCUUCUUGCAUAAUAAAUUUAGUAUUUGCACUCUUUAGCACACUUACCAUGUACUUUCUGGAAAGGGACUGAAGAUUAUUAAACUCAGUUUAUUAGCAGCUUUUUAAGCUUUGAUGGCUUAUUAGAAAGUGAGGACUGGGACACACUUCUCUGGGCUGUUAAAAAAGAAAAAGUGCUUGGCCAUGGUCUCUCUUCAUACUUACACUCGUAAGGAUUUUGACAGUGGAGCUCUACUCUGCUUAGCUCUGCAGAGAUGUUUAAAUGUGUCUUUGUGGAGCUAUAAUUUAAGCUAGAGGGUCAUGAGUUUCUCUUUUCCUUCGGGGAAGACAAGUCAGAAAGUUCUCCAAACAAAACAAACAAAAGCAAAAUACGUAAUAUCUCCACAGUAGUACCUUCUGAUAUUGAGCCCCCACUGGCAGGUUGACAGCAUUUGUCAUUACCUUCUGAAACUGUUACAAAUCACUGUAACGAAAAUUAUCCAUCUGACGUUUCCUGAUCAGCCAUCUCUGUGGCUAGAGUUAGGUUUAGGUACGGAAGCUACUUGGUUAGUGUGGAAAUACAGUGGUUGGGGUUAAAAACAGAUACUAUGUCAAGGUUAGUCUCCAUCAAGAGAAUUUUGAUUUAGAGAAAGUUGGUAGGAAAUACUAAACCAAUUCAAAUCACUUGUGUCAAGAAAGACCCUUUGUUACCCCAUCCUUUACCACUACUAAGUCCUAAUUCACAUGCUCAAUAGAGGUCCCCACCAGGUAAAAAUAUUUAAAUUUUUUGGAUAUACACCAGCCAAGAGGGCAUUUCACAACCUAAUAAUCCAAAAGUCCUUUGUACAAAUUGUUUAUUACUGCUUUAUAAAUGUUGCUUUAACCAUGAAGCAAACCAUUAGUAACAACUUUUAAAGCCUGGCACCACUGUCUAAUAAAGUAUCAUUUAGAAUGGGUUUAUCACACCAUAUAUGGGCUCGCAUCACCAGCAUGUACAAGUCAGGGAUACUAACACAGAGGAUGUAUUUGAUGAUGAGCAAAACAAAAAAGAAAGCUUGGAUUAAAAAAACAAAAAGGUUAAACAACUUUAAAGAUUGGUUAGAGAACCCAGUAGUUCCCCCAGAUCCUACUAAUCAGGUAAAGUAUGUCCAGCCAUGAAGUCAGAUGUGUUUCCAGGUUUCCAGAGUGCUGGAUGCCUAUGCUUACGUCAGACUUUGAUAUAAACUAAUGCACAAAUAUACAAAAUGUGCAGUAGAUACUCUGGAUUUUAUGCAUAGUAUUUCUUCACCGGAUGUGGAAGCAUUGUGUGCUAAAUGUGUGCCAAAUUUCAUGACUGCUAAACAUCUUUGUCAAUUAGCUUGCAAAAAAAUUAUGAAAAAGCAGCAAAUUUCUAGUUUUAAUUGGAACUUUAGUUCAAAACUUAGUCUAUGUAUGAAUUAAAUGUUUGUCUUUUUUCCUUUAACAGUAGUCCCAUAUAGCACACAAACAAAAGUCAAAGGUGAUAUAACCAGUGGUUGAAUGUGACACUGAAUUGAAUUAUUAAGUCUUUUUGGUUACUUAUAGCACUUUGUUUGAAAAAUGUGAUGAUUGUAUACUUUGUAUACAAGUGAAUAAAAUGCUAACACAUUGUGCUGCAAACCCUGUAAGUAUUACAGGUUUAAGUGUUAUAUUAAUGUAUGUUUUACGGAUUACUGUACAAGCCAUUGAGUUAGUGGGUAAAGCAGCAUGCACUUUAGUUGUCUUUGGCAAUAAUAGAUAAGCUCCCAUCUCCUAGUAGCACCAACUUUAUUGAAAAAACAAAUGUUCUUGUCGCACAUCUUGAAACAAUCAGUGUCAUGUGAGAUAAGCCUUUCUCUGUCGGUUCGACAAUGUUUCUUCAAAGCUGAACCAUUUCACAGAUGACAUGUAGAACAGUUUGUACAUCAGUAUACAGUGGCAUUGAAAAUAAGACGAUGUUUUGUUCUCAGAAAAAAACUAACAACUUUACUUUUAACACAAUAAGAGGUUGAGAUGGCUGUGUUCUGAAGAAGUAAUGCGGGUUUGGGUUAGUUAAGCCAAGAGAUAAAAAGUAACUAAGUACAUUUAGUAUACUAGUUUUUAAGUAUUUUAUGUGAGUAAUUUUGUGUGAUCCUAUACUUUUACAUUUCAUAGAAAUAUUGUCCUUUUUACUCCACUACAUUAACCUGACAGCUGUAGUAACUACUUUCUUUAAAGACUAACGUUGUUACAUGCAAAAUAUAAAUAAGAUGCACUGCUAGAGUUUAAAAGUAGCCAGUGUGAUACUAGAAAUGUGUAGGCUUCAAAGAUAAUUUUAUUUUAAUAUGCACUCGGUGAUGCAAAUCUUUAUCUCUGUACAUUAAAUCUUUCUCUGUGCUUGAUUUGUAGUGAUUGCUUUAUCAUGGCUUGAUUGGUAAUGCCUUGGACCUCCAGAUGGGGGAACAUGAACAAACCUUCCUUUAUUUGUUGUAUUUCAAGUAAAGACAAGU